AUGCUGGUAAAUUUAUUCAUAUUGAUAAUAUUUUUUAUUCCAUAUUCAUAUUCAAUUGUAUCACAAAUUUUAACACCCGUAUCAAUAUUUGAAGAAAGUCCAAUAUCAACAAUUGUUGUUGAUCUUCGACCAACAUUUCAAAUUCUUGGUGUACAUCCUGAUCAAGCUGUAUUACUUCAUAGUCAACCAAGUCAACCAUUUGAAUAUAUAAAUGGACGUAUACGUUUAAAAUCUCGUUUAGAUCGUGAAGAUUAUGUACGAAAACGUUUAUGUAUUGGUGGAAAUGUUCUUGAAUGUAAUUUUACAUUAACAUUAACAGUUAAUCUUAAUCAAGCACCAUUUAAUUAUAUAUUAUCUCAACCAAUAUCUUGUCAUGAUAUAAAUGAUAUUAUACCAAAAUUUUCUCAAAUAGAAUCAAAAAUUCUCAUGGCUGAAAAUGUUCCUAUUGGACAUCGAAUACCACUUGAAAUAGCUAUUGAUUUAGAUUCACCACCAUAUGGUAUUGAUUAUUAUCGUUUAGUUACAUAUGAUAAUAAUGAACAAAAUCAAUUUUCUAUUAUAUAUGAUAAUCAAAGUCGUGAAUUAGAAUUAAUUGUUAAUGAUAAAUUAGAUAGAGAAAAAAUUGAUAAAUUUAUUUUUAAAUUAAUGGCUAUUGAUCGUGGACAUCCACCUAAUAUAGGUACACAAAUAUUAAUAAUUCAAAUUAGUGAUAUUAAUGAUUCUCGACCAAGAUUUGAAUCAUCUGUUUAUAAUAUAAGUGUUGCUGAAAAUACAUUACCAGAAUAUUUACUUAAAAUUCGUGCUAUUGAUGCUGAUAUAGGUUUAAAUGCUGAAUUAACAUAUAUACUUGAAAAUGAUCAUCAUGGUCUUUUUCGUUUGGAUAAAACAACUGGUAUAUUAACAUUAACACAUUCACUUGAUUAUGAAUUAUAUACAUCAUAUCAACUUAAAGUUGAAGUACAUGAUAAUGGAAUAAAUUCAUUAAGUGAUGCGUGUAUUAUUAAUAUAUUUGUACUUGAUCAAAAUGAUCAUGCACCUUCAAUUCAAAUGAAAUUUAAUCCAAUGUUUGAAUAUAAUCAAGAUGGAAGUAUGGCAUAUAUACCUGAAUCUUUUGAUAUUAAUUUACCAAUAGCUUUUGUUAGUGUAUAUGAUCAAGAUUCAGGAGAUUAUGGAAAGUCUCAAUUAACAAUUCAACCAAAUCGUUUAUUUUAUCUUGAAAUUAUACGUGUAAAUUAUUAUUCAAUAAAAGCUAUACGUCGAUUUGAUCGUGAAAUAGUAUCAUCAUAUCGUAUUGAAUUAUAUGCACGUGAUUUUGGUCAACCAAGUUUACGUCGUUCAAUGACAUUUGAAUUAAAUAUAACUGAUGUUAAUGAUGAAAAACCAAUAUUUAAAAGUAAUUAUACAUUUGAUAUAAUGGAAAAUAAUCAAAUUCCAAGUAUUAUUGGUGAAGUUAAUGCUUAUGAUGUUGAUCAAGGUCUAAAUGGACAAAUAAAAUAUUCAAUAAUACCUCCAUCAUCAUAUUUUUCUAUAUCAUCAAUUGAUGGUAUUAUAUCAACAAAUAUUUCAUUUGAUUAUGAAUUAAAACGUGAAUAUAAUUUUCAAGUACGAGCACGUGAUUAUGGUAAACCUCCACUUGAAUCAAUAACUUAUGUAAAAAUUAAUAUACUUAAUCAAAAUGAAUAUACACCUGAAUUUGAGAAGAAAAUAUAUAGAUUUUCUAUUUAUGAAAAUUUAACAAAUAAUACAAUAGCAUUUAUUGGACAAGUUAAAGCAUAUGAUCGAGAUUAUGGAGAUUAUAUUAAUUAUUCAUUAAAUGAUAAUGAAAAUUUAUUUACUAUUGAUCAAAAUGGAAAUAUUUGGAGUGAAACAAUAUUCGAUAGAGAAAUACAAGAUGAAUAUCAAUUAAAAGUUAGUGCAACAGAUAAUUCAACAACUGGAUUAGUUGGAUCAACUACUGUUAUUAUUAAAAUCAAAGAUGUUAAUGAUAAUUAUCCAAUAUUUAUUUGGCCUGAUACUGAUGAAAUUCGUCAUGUUCUAUCUGAUGAUCAUUCUCAACGUAUUGAUUCAAAUAAUCCUUUAUCACAAUUUUUAACUGAUAUUGUUGUACAAGAUAAUGAUAUAGAAAAUAAUUCAUUAAUUCAAUUAAUUAUUUCAAAUAAUGAUUUAUUUUAUAUUGGUUCAAAUAAUUCAUUAUGGUUACGUAAUUCAUCAAUAUUACCUGGUACAUAUGAUAUUGAAAUUGAAGCAAAAAAUAUUGAUUUAAUAACAAAAAAAUUUUUACAUAUUAUUAUUUAUGAUCGUAGUCCAUUUAAAUUAAAUUUAUUUAAUAAUAUGCGUCGAACAUUUUCACGUUUUUCAUUAUUAAUUAUAAUUAUUUUGUCAUUUUUAGCAACAGGUUCAACAAUAUCUAUACUUAUUUAUUAUUUAUGGAUACGUUUACAUUAUACAUCUGAUGUACAAAAACAUUUAUAUGGAAGUCGAUUAAUUGUUAAUGAUGAAGAUAAAUCAAAACAAAAUAGUCCACAAACAAAAAUGAAUAUUUUAUCAACAAAUCAUAAUCAUGAUUAUGCAGUUAUUAAUAAACAAAGAAAAAAUUCUCAAAUUCCAUCUGGUAAUAGUUUUUCAACAACUGAUGGUGAUUUUUCUUCAUCACUUCUUUCUUGUCCUUUAAAUGGUAUAUCUUUAUCAACAACUGAUCUAAACUCAUCAAAUAAAAAUCUUCCAUCAUCAACAGUAUCUGCAUUAGCAACUUUAACAAGAAAAUCAUCACGUCGUUAUCAAACAAAAAAUGUUAGUUUUGAACCAACAUUAACCAAUCCAACAAAUAAUUUAUUUGAUGAUUUAUUUCAACAUAAUUUAACAUGUUUUCAUGAAAAUACACCAUCAACAUUUAGUACAUUACCAAAAUCGAUUAAACAUGAUCUAUCAACAUUAUCAAUAAAUAAACAUCAACCAAGUCUUAAUGAUUUACCACGAAAUCAAUCAAAUAAUUUUCCAACAUUACAAACUGUUCUUAAUCAAUCAUUAAGAAAUAGUCAAACCAAAUUACCACAUCCACCGCCAUUACUUAAUGGAAUUCUUUUACUUGAUCAAAUGCUUACAAGUUCAACAACACCAAAUGAUGAAAGAACUCAAACAUUAUCAUCAUCAACAGCUAGUAAUAGCGGAUGGUAUAAUGUCACAUCUAAUUAUCAGACAAGAGCUAGCAUUGUAUAA